UAUCUUAUCGAAAAGAAGUAUCGAGUAAAUUAAUAAAAGACUUUCAUACCCAAGUACUUCCGAUUAAUAUUAACACGGUCAAUAUUGAACUGCAUUGGUUUCUAGGGCCAUUUUACAGAAUUGGGCGAAAGGACAAACACUACGUGUAGAAUAAAGUUGGAGGAAGAACCCAAAUAUAAUCUUUUGACAAGGAAGUACUUCUAGCGUAUUAAUCCUCUAAAUCCAGCAACGAAAUGUCGGAACGGAAAGUGUUAAAUAAAUAUUAUCCGCCGGAUUUUGAUCCUUCGAAAAUCCCGCGUAUGAAAUUGGCUAAAAAUCGACAAUACACUGUACGUUUAAUGGCGCCAUUCAACAUGAGAUGCAAGACUUGCGGUGAAUACAUUUAUAAAGGGAAAAAGUUCAACGCUCGAAAGGAGGAUGUCGAAAAUGAAACGUAUCUAGGAAUACGUAUUUAUCGUUUCUACAUCAAAUGCACUCGUUGUCUUCAGGAGAUUUCCUUUAAGACAGAUCCGAAGAACACUGAUUACGAAAUCGAGGCAGGUGCAACAAGAAAUUUCAUGGCUUUAAAAUUAGCGGAGGAACAAGCACGCAGGCAAAUUGAGGAAGAGCGUGAAGAAGAAGCGAACAAUCCCAUGAAGUUGCUGGAGAAUCGCACGCAACAGUCACGUAACGAAAUAGAAAUGCUUGAAUCUUUGGAAGAGCUACGCGAUUUAAAUCGUCGCCAACACAACGUGGAUUACGAAUCAAUGUUGCAACAGUAUAAUAACACUGAAUCUGAACAGGAACGACUAAAACGUGAGGAAAAAGAAGAUGAAGAUUUCGUGAGGUCCAUAAAUUUCAAAACAAAUAAAUCUAGUGGGAAAAUUGUAGCUGAAGAAAUAAUAGAAGAAAUUAAAGACGAAACAUCUUUACCAUCUGAAGCAAAGAAAGUGAAAGUCAGCAUGUCAUUAGCACCUGCCGUCAGUAUUUCAAAAAAUAAAUCUUUCACAACAAAAACUUCGAACCUCGUAAAAAGGAAAACGCCGCUUGUUAUACCGAAAUCCAAUCCACCAACUGCAGCAGUUUCUUCCGAAGUGGUGAAUGCAAGUCCCAGUAAGUUAGAAAGUGCAAAACAUGCUGAAAAUAAAAAUGGAGGGCUGUCGUUGCUUUCAAAUUAUCUCAGUAGUUCCGAAGAAUCGAACUGAAUAAUAGAAUGCCUUAUAAUAAAUAUUACCUUAAAUC